GCCUAUGCCAUGGUGUAGCCGAGCUUACUUUAUGCUUAGUGCCUAGGCUAUUGUAGUAUUGAGUAUUGCCAGUAUUGGUAGAGAGCACGCUGCACGCAAUGUAGCAAUAUUCACCGUAGUUGUAAUUAUUUUGUAACACCAAAAUUGAUACAUUAUUUUACCUUGAUGAAUGUCAUUGGUGAUUUGAACUGAUGAUAAUUAUAGGUAGUGUCUGUUUCAAGCAAACACACGAUUCCUGGGCAGUGUGUACCAGUCCAUCAAAGAAAAUAUCCUCAAAGCUAUUUGAGCCAGCCGAGAGCUGUUGGCAGGUACUGGAGACGCGAAAGCUCCUUAGCGAACCUUGCGCUCACUAUGUUGAACAGAGACUGAAGCGAGAAGGACCAUUAUCACCACCAUGCUGUCAACAAAGCCCAAGAAAAAGCGGCAAGAGCCGUGGGACUGGGUAGACGAUGUUCAGUCUGAUAUACUCUCGCUGGAAGUCAAUCCAGACCUGUCCUCAUACCAGACUCAGCGCACCGGUCUUGUUGAGCGCAUGGCUGCCAGCAAGCUAGCCAGACGGGAAGAGAUUCUGAAGGACUUCCAUCGAAAGUGUGAUGCAGUUAUUGUGGAUGUGAAUCGCAAGGUUGCUGCUCAGCUAGAUGCUCUCCAGGAAGCGCUGCAUCCUCACCAGGCAGCUGUGCGAAAGAUAUCUACGUUCAUAGAGAGUGUGGAUGUCACCGGGGAGAGUCUGUUUGAUAUGGAUGAGAUACUGAAGGAUUUACAGAGCCAAUCUGAGCAACAACGUGACCACAUCAAAGCGUCUGCAGCGUGCCUGGAGAAAAUAGAACAAGAAAGAGGGGCACAUCUGAGACCUUUAGUGGAAGCAGCCAGUCAGGAGAUAGACCGCUAUGGAGCCAUAACACUGAAUGAUGUGGAGCUAGUUAUGUCCGAGGAAACGCUGAGAAUAAAUGAAGAACUGCAGAAGAACCGCAGUGCUAUAUCCAACAUGAAGUACCAGCUUAGUCUGGCUUGUCUGGAGAAGGAGAAGGAAGUGACAGACAAGAUGAUCACCAUGCACAGUGACUGGAAAGUGGGGAAGAGGGAUGAACUGAUGCUAACUCGUCGGGAGGAUGUACUAGCCACAGACGCCCCUGAGCCGAUGUUCUUACCCGAGCUACUGGACCGUCUCAGCGCCGAUUGGAAACCGAUCAACGAGAAGAGGGCGAUGCUACUCUCUGCACUCAAAGAGUUUUACCCGCCGAAGAGCACAAAGGCGUUCUGUCGCAAGUGGCAAGAUGACAUGGCUGCCUGUUUCAAGCAACUGGAGGCGAUCUGGAGACAGUUUCUGGACAGCUUCACCGCCAAGAUGAAUGCUCAGUCGCGCAGGUCUGAGGACACACUGCGCAGAAAAAAGGAAGAGAUUGUAGACCUGAAGCUUUCUACGCAGCAGGAGGCUGAUAAUCUGAUGAAUGAUGCGGACGACCAGUUCUUAGUGGACACCAUCCGAGAUAAAAACAAGAAGCUGCGGCUGGACAUGGAUAAAGCGUUCAAGGAACAACUUGAGAGCCAGACCAACUGUGUGAAGGAGCUCUAUGACCUGAUGCUGGGACUUGCAGUGAUCUGUGACCAGGACGUGGAACUGAAGGCUAAGAAGGAUGAUAGGUUCAAGAUGGUUCUCCAAGAUGCAAAGGACGACUUAGGAAAGAAGCAGCAGAAAGUGGAAGACGAGGUUGCUGACGGCGUGAAGGCCAUCAGGGAAGCUGAGACAAUGGAGAACGUCCGAGAAGAAUUUCAGAGGGUUAAGGAGAUAUUCAAGAAAUUUGACACCUGCCAAAACAGUUACGAUGCCAGGGUGGAGAAGAUUCUGAGCUUGUACCCCAAUCGCUGUAUGGACGUGGUGACUGCGUUGGGGAAGGCACUGUUAGCAUUUUUUGGACUUCGGAAAGGAAAUAAAGUCUAUUUUGGUGAAGAGCCACCAAGUUUGACAAGUACUCCUGAUUCUGGAACGAAGCGUAGUACACAGAGUCAAGCUAGUUCUAAGACCCGGAGAACGGCAGGAACAGCCAGCAAACUCCAAAAGGACGUUGUAUCCAAGUCGCAACAGAAGCAGGCAAAUGCAAUCAUCGUUCCCUGCUCUGAUGGCGAAGUAACUGUCUUUGAGACGAAGGGAAAGAAUGCAAAGAGCCGGCCCAGUGUUGUGCCCAAGGUCGAUCCCGUUUUCCUAACAGAGUCAGAGACAGACGUUGCUGGCUCGGUUGGCCAACAUUUGCUGGGAAGUAUGGACCUGGAAUUUGACAUCAACGAGUUCCGUCUUGAGUGGCGCAUGGAGUUCCUGAAAGUCUGGGCUGAGGAAGAGGUCACAGUCCGGAAGCACGUCAAGGAAACGAUUGAAAUCAAGAAAGAAGUGUUGAAAGUGGGCCGUGAGGUUCAGAAAGGUGUGUACGAGUCACGGGUGGAGAAGGUUGAACUGAACGUCGUCAACGUUAGAGCAGCCGAGAUCAAGCAGAACGCGGAACACGUUCAAGUGCACAUUGCCAAGAUGAAGGAAAAAAUGGAAGAUGCCAGAGAGGACUUGGGUAAAGUCAAAGACAGACUUGUGAAGGAGUCGAAGGAGGUUUCAGCUAGGGUGCCUGCCUAUCUGGAGAGACUUCGCGCUGCUACAAGUCUCGAAAAGUUGAAGGCAGUGAAGAGGGCUGCAGCCGUGGAGUUCAAGGAGUUUGGUGAACGGCUUGCGGAGGAUGCAAGUGUAGAAGAGGACAAGAUAAUGAAUAAGAUCCAGGGAGAAGUUUUUGAAGCCCACGCGACUAUGGAGCACUCACUACGCCCGUUUGCUGAUGGCGGUUCCUACUCGAUGGAGGAGCUAUUGGAAUACUUUCAAGAGCUGGCUAGCCUCAAGUCACAACUGGACAAAACGCAGGCAGGCUUGAAGCGUUUGUUUGAAGGGCUGAGAUCGCGCCUUAUCUCCAAGCCGGCAGAGUGUGCCAGCACAGUUGACAAAGCGUACCAAGCUCAUGCUCUUGAUAUAGACUUCAAACUGGCCAAGGCUAAAGUCAUGAGAGACGUAAUGAGCAGGAUCCACGGUGAGAUGGAAGCUAGCAAUGGACAGUGUGCCAAGAUUCAUGAACUCCUCACGCAGACCCGGGCUGGAAUUGCAGACCUUCAAGACCAGAGAGCUCAGAACCGACAGCAGCACAUGACUGGCGGGGUGUCGAGCAUGCAAACUACUGGUCUAGGAGAGAAACUUCUGAACAUGGCAGAAGAACCUAGCAACGCUGCAGGUGCAAAGCAGCGAAAGAAUCCAGAAGAUCCAAUUGGCUUGGAGCAUACUGAACACCAACAGGGACCUGAAAAGAUCCUGGACAUCACCGUGCAGCUGUUCAGGCUGGCCAAGGUGCGUGCCGACUACCUGGAGGCCUACAAACCCAAGCCCGUUGACACCCCUGCCCCGCCUAGCACGGUUACUCCGAAAACGGCAAGUUCGUCGCUGUCAAGCAGACGACAGUCCUCGACCUCAGUGGCUUCUUCUGAUUUUCAAGUCACUGAGCAUGGUUGGGAUCCAAUGGCAGCGAUCAACAUGACAAGAGGAAUACUGGUUGAUCAGUACAUACCAGCAGCUCCAGUCAUUGUCAAGCCCGGUGCAACUAGUCGCAAUGCGCUGCGACAGCGCUCCACCGACAGUGUGGGACGCACGCCGACGAGAGGCGAAAGUCCCGCCACUGGCCAAGCAGAGGAUGUUGUGCGAGUGCGCCCUCCCUCUACAUCUACCGAUCUACAACAGGCCGGUGAACAGCCAGAACUGAACAGAGCCAGUAGUAUCACUGCCCACAGUGGCAAGAACGGCAAGCCUGCUGCAGCUGCACGAAAGGAGCGGCCCUACAGGAGAAUGCCCUCAUUUGGUGAAGCAAGAGACUCGGACAAAAAGAAGAGCCCCGCUAGAUUAUUGUCUUCAAUGCGUACUAUUCUGCGGAGUGGUCGUGAGGGAAUGCUCAAGGUUGCUGACCCAUACUAUGAAAGUAAAGGUCACAGCCGGCAGCCAUCCUGGCCCGAUGCUAUUGCUAACACGGUGGAGGAAUGCAUGGCCACUACUGACGACAAGCUGCAAGAUUAUCGUAGACAAGUUGAAGCGUACCACCAGGAGAGCAAGCAACAGUUUGAGGGUCAAAUCGUGGAGGUUUUCAGCAGCACGCAUGCUCUUCUCCGCAUUGUGAUGGAAGCACACCACGAUAAGGAGAUACUGAAGCGCCAAGAGAAGGUUGAAGCCGUGCGGACGUCCUUUUCCAGUGCAGUCAAGGGUCUCGGUUUCACACAGGCCCAGCUGCAGGAGAAGGUCACACCUGACCUAUGUGAGGAAUCCAAGGAGCCGAUCCUCCUGCAAAUCCAUGGCGAGGAGCAGGAAUUCUUCCAGCAAACCAAGGACAAGUUGGAGAGCUACCCCAGAGCAAUACAGGCUCAGCUCUGCACAAUGUGUAUGGCAUACUUCUCAUCAAUGAAGGACUUGUUUGAGAGGAUCAUGGCGCGUUAUGAAGAUGUGAUCCUGCUAUCUGAUCUGCCAGAUCUCAUCGUCAAGAUGGAUGAGAGCCACUUCAGCGUGGAAAAGCCUCAGGAACAAGCCCUGGAUCUUGGUGAAGUUCUUCUGCACUCCGAGAAACCGUGGCUGAAGAAAACAGCGGCCGAUGCUAAUGGAAGUGCUGAUCAAGAAGAGUACUUUGAGCCUGGACAAUGGCCGCACUGCGUUGCCGACGACCUGUUCAAAUCACUAUUCCCAGCCCUGUUUGACGAGCAAGCAACUACUGCCUCUACUCAAUCCGCCGCUACUGGACCCAGCCGCUCUACAACACGCAGCAACACACGUGCAGACGUUCGUCGCCGGCCAUCUCAGCAGCAGAGGCAGCGCCCUACGCUACCCAAGCACUACAACGACGUGCAGAAGAUGACAACCAUAAUGCGAGAUUGGCUGGGCAAGAGGAUGGUGGCUCUAGCCAUCUCGUUAUUGUCAAGUGCGGAAGCAGAGUCUCAUACAGCAGUAGUCAACCUGGAGAAGUGGAACACUUACUGGACAGCGUCACUUGAGGGUCUGCGACGUGUCACUUCAACACUAUUCCAAACCAACCUGCAGCCAUUAUGAAGCCUUGAAAUGCUGCUUUGUUGCUACUGCUGCUUCCAUCAAUGUAUUUUAUAAGUUACUUCGCAAAACGCCAAGUGUAACGACAGAGUUCAAACUAAGUAAAAACGGAAUGAUUUUUGUCUUGUCAAGAAAUAUAUAAUACCAUCUCCACCGCGCUCUAAAAUAGCAUUAUCGUAUUGUCACCAGUGUUACCUCCCAAAUUACCCAGCCUUCUUGGUCCAGUGGGGGAGCCUUGAUUGUUUGCUACUUUUUUAGUUCCCUGUUGAUAUAGCAUCACUACCGACGGUUAAUCUCUUAUUCAGAUAAUGAUAGUAAUAAAAUCAGUAGUUCGCUUGUUCACCGUC